GCGAAGGGUACGCUAAGCAGAGGCCAAACCAUCACAUGACUAAUGGUAUACGCACUCCCACAUGAGUAGCAUAAUUCAGCUCUUCUUGGAGAAUACCUCAGUCGGGAACCACCGCCUCGCACCUCACUCUCUUCUACUAUGGAUGGCUUUGUUUCGCUCCCGCAUAUUGCCGCCGGACAUGAGGGACCAUUGACCACAGAAGACGGUGUAUUCUUUGCCAAGCUCACCAACCAGCGAGAAAUCGACUUCUACCAAGAAAGCUUCCGUGAAACAGUGAACGAGCUACACGUGGAGCAUUACCCAGGAAACAAGUUGCGGGAUUGGAUGCCUAAAUUCUGGGGAACUUUGACCCCUGGAGUAUCUCUGCAGGCCCAUAACCUCGACUCGGUUCUGGCUGCUGAUUUGGCUGCUGCUGCACCGCUCUCGGACAAACAAUACAUUGUUCUCCAAAGUGUGUUGCACGGGUUCCGGAAGCCCUCAAUCAUGGACAUCAAACUUGGCUCUGUUCUUUACGACGACUCCUCCAGUGCCGAGAAGCGCACGCGAAUGGUUAACGUGAGCGAGCUGACGACCUCGGGGUCCCUCCACUUCCGUGUCUGCGGGAUGAAAUGCUACACUGACACGACAGCCCCCUUAGCCGAUAUUCCUGGUGUCAGUAACGAUUGUUGUAAGUUUUCUGAAGACGCCCUGGGGAGAUAUGUCUCAUUUGACAAGACAUAUGGCCGCCUGUUGACCGAUGAGACAGCGGAGCUUGGAAUUGCCCAGUUUUUCAACCUCAACCCCGAGCUUUGCCGGUCAGAAAACACCCCUAUUAGGCACAAGAUCGUGGAGAGCUUCUUUCACCGGCUACAGUUACUCUAUAACUGUUUGUUAGAUGAGGAGGUGCGCAUUGUUGGGGGCAGUUUGCUCUUUGUAUUUGAAAAUGAUGUGGCGAGAUGGCACGAGAUGGAGUGUGAGGAUCCCUUAGUGCAUGAACAGUUGAUCAACGAGGAUGAGGACGAUGAUGAAGAGGAUGCCCCUUUGAGUACGCUAAAGUUUAUCGAUUUUGCCCAUUCAAAGCGCGUUCUGGGUGAGGGCUGCGAUGAGGAGAUUGUGGAGGGAGUGGAGAAUUUAAUUGGCAUUUUCCAAAACUUAUCAGAGUAUGAAAAGUGAAGCUUGGGGUAAUCACUGAUAAUAGGCCAGAUACUAGGUACUUCUCGCACGCAAUACUUUUACACGCGACUUCAUUGUUCAAGCAUAAAGGGCGUAGAUGCUAUCUACACGUAUAUCAAUACCGUACACAUGUUUACACGUAUCUUCAUUAGUAUAUCGAUCAGAAUAUAAAUGAUAUCUGCU